GUGUUGUUGUUAUCAUGUGUAUCACAACACCAAACAAAAACAGAAGAUUUCCCCUAAAAAUAAAUAAAUUACUAUUCCACUAAAUAAAGUCAAGAAAAGGAAAAAGAGAAAGUAGCUCGGCACUGCCUUCAUUUAAAGCCAACGCUGCUGCCAUGUUAGCAAUUGCUUCCCUUCACCACUGCCCCCACCACCACCCACCCACCCUCCUAUUUGCCUCACUACACACAAUUAGCUGCGAAAUCAAUCAAUUUCAUUUUCCAUAUACUGGAAGAUCGAAGAAGAAGGAGAGAUGGUGGGACCGGCGAGGCCAUUGUUCGUGCUGUUCGGAUCGUCGAUCGUUCAACUCAGCUACAGCAAUGGCGGUUGGGGCGCUAUUCUCUCCGACAUCUACGCCCGUAAAGCUGACAUAAUCUUAAGGGGAUAUUAUGGUUGGAAUUCAAGACGUGCUGCCCAAAUCCUUGAUCAAGUUUUCCCAAAGGAUGCUUCUGUUCAGCCGUCACUGAUAAUCGUGUAUUUUGGUGGCAAUGACUCCAUGGGACCUCACUCAUCUGGACUCGGUCCUCACGUACCACUUCCAGAAUAUAUUGAAAACAUGAGAAAAAUCGCGACCCAUCUCAAGGACCUUUCAGACAAAACCCGCAUAAUAUUUCUUAGUACUCCGCCUGUCAACGAGGCUAAACUUCGCGAAAACACAAGUACGUAUUUCAGUGAGCUAGUUCGAACGAAUGAGCUAUGCCGGAUGUAUUCAGAGGCUUGCAUCGAGUUAUGCAAGGAGAUGGAUGUGAAAGUAGUUGAUCUCUGGACAGCAUUCCAGAAACGGAAAGAUUGGAUGAAUGCUUGCUUCACGGACGGAGUUCACUUGUCCGCAGAGGGAAGCGAGGUCGUGGUGGAAGAGAUACUGAAGGUGCUGCAGCAGGCGGAGUGGGAGCCUAGUUUACAUUGGAAGUCGAUGCCGAGUGAGUUCUCAGAGGACUCUCCCUACGAUCUAGUUGCUUCGGAUGGGAAAACCACCAUAAAUCCUUCCGAGUGGACUUACCACAGAAAGAUUCAGUGGGACUAGGUAGCUCCCAUAACCCAUUUUUGCCUUUCUUGAAAACUUCAAUAGUGCAUAAGGAAUGUGUAAGUCACCUAUGUUACUGCAAAUUCAUGUAUACUGUGUUAUUAGCUGUUUGUAUGUUGUAUUUGGAAUUUGGAUCGA